AUGUCGGAUACCUAUGGUAGAGCCCGAGUUAUUCUAUGGGCUCUCAGUGGUACAGCGGCUGCCUAUUUUGGACAGGUCUUGGCUACCAUAAGCCUCCAAACCCCUCUAUGGGUAGCAUGUAUCGUCACCGCAUCUGUGGCCCUUCUAGCCGGCUUGUGGCUGCAAGUGAGCCCCUCCCCUAUGGCCCUGCUAUCAGAUUGCCACUCCACAGGAACCCUUACCAGAUGCAUCGUCCUCAGUGGUCGUCCAUCGCCGACAUAA